UUCGCAAUCGGACACUUGGCACGCGUCGCCCAUCAAGGAGCUCUUUCGGUUUUUUUGCACAGUGUGACACAGUGUGACGGUCGCUCUCGGUUUCUGGAGGGUUGCCAGUGGCUGACUGGAACAGCUUCUACUCGUUGGUUAGACCUUUCGCAGAGUGCCCGGGCGCUAGAUUAACGGCCACCGGUACCACCGUUCUACAGUUCGCAGUGCCCAGCAGUGCCCGAUCGCCCAACCAUUCAGCAUGAACAUACUAAAGGACGACAAUAUCGACAAUGCGCUGUCGGUAUUUCGAAGCGACAGACAGUUUACCCAGGAUUCAGCCACGGGAAUACCACCACGGCCAGCGAGACCCUCGGCAGACGACGGCGCGGGCAGAGAAACUGCGGCACGCCAAGAAACGCCAAACGCGGGAGUAAAGAUGUACAACCUAGUGAUUCUCAUCAUCGACAUCCUCGCAAUGUUGACACGAUGGAUUUUUUACACACUUGAGGCAUUGUAUCGUUUCGUGGUACCGCAACCAGCAGACACUGUCCACAAUGACAUUGUGCUGAUCACCGGAGCUGGCCACGGGAUGGGCAAAUGCAUGGCGCUGCAGUACGCGCAGCUUGGCGCAACCGUCGUCUGUCUGGACAUCAAUGAGCGACUGAACGCAAACACAGUGGCCAAUAUACGGCAGGAGCGCGGCAAUGCGUUCGGAUAUGUCUGCGAUGUGACCAAUCGUGAACAGAUUGUAAACGUGGCAGAGAAGGUCAAACAGGAAGUGGGCACCGUUACAAUACUGGUGAACAACGCUGGCAUUAUGCCAACUCAUCCUCUGCUUCAGCAAACGGAAGCAGAAAUUCGAAAAACAUUCGAAAUAAACGUGAUGGCACACUUCUGGCUUCUGCAAAGCUUCCUGCCGGGUAUGAUUGAAAAGAAUCGAGGAUUCAUCGUGGCACUCUCGUCCGUAGCCGGUCUAUGUGGGUUGAACAAUCUCGUCCCAUACUGCGGUAGCAAGUUUGCUGUGCGUGGUAUCAUGGAAGCGUUGUCGGAGGAGUUGCGGCAUGAUGCCCGCAAGCCCAACAUCAAGUUCACUACCGUCUUUCCGUACAUGGUCGAUACGGGGUUAUGCAAAAAGCCUCAUAUGCGGUUCCCCAAUAUGAUGCGCCUGGUCAAGCCAGAAGAAGCAGCAGCCGCCAUUAUUGACGGGCAACGGCGAGGUCUAGAGGACGUGUCCAUACCGAAGUAUCUUCUCUAUCUCAACACCAUAAUUCGAGUGUUCCCCGUAAAGGUGGGUACGUUGCUGCGCGAUUUUCUCGAUACUGGCGUGGACUCAGAUUUGUAAUGUGCGUCAGAGAACGUGGAGAUCACAUGAACAUUCUAUUUCAAACGCCAACAGUAGAAGGGAUCUGUCACCGGAAGGGAAGGGUGUAUAAGCUUAGCACAAACACAGCAGACAGCCUUUUGCUCUAUUAUAAUGUGAUGACCCCAUCGGUCAUUGCAAGUUAUAUGAAUUACGUCAAAAUAAAAAGGAUGA